AUGGCAGGCCCAGGCGGUCGAGGCAGCGGGCUGGGACGCACUUCGAGCCACGCCUCAAGUCUGCAGCGAUUCAGCGGCGAGACGAAGCGAUACAGUGGCCAGUACGACGAGUACAAGAUGUUCGAGCUCGGCAGUGACUACACCCACAGCGGACGCACGUCGGGGCUCGGGUUGACCUUGGGCAACACUUCCGACAGUGCCACCACCAGGUGCCAUAACCGCCUGUCCUACAUCGACAGUCCUAGCAAGCGGCGCUCUAGACAACUCGACGUUUUGCACGAGUACGAUGAAGACGACGACCCAUUCGCGGCGACAGCGGGCUCUCGCGCUACUGGUCGCUCCCACAAGAAUCGCGACAAACGGUCUACCCAAGGGACCAGGCCCAGGCGGCGCAGCAGCGUACGCUCGAACCACUCGGGCCGUUCUGUGGGUUCGGGUUCGGGUUCAGAUACCAGUGCAUCGGCCUCGCUUUCAAAGAGGCUCAAGCACCGUCGCCUAGCCUCAUAUCGCGCAUUCACGUCGACAGUCAAGAGUCUACCGAGCAAAGACCCCCGCCACACUCCUCACCACCGUCGAUCAACAUUGCGCAAAGUUCGCCGAGUCGACGGCUGGGACCUGAUACGCUCUGGCGAUGUCGCCGGCUGGGACGUGAGUUGUGACGCUGGGUGCAACCGCACGCAGGUGUAA